AUGGAAGAAGCUCGGCACUGGGUGUGGGCUAAGCGAAAGCAUGGCUUGGUCAGUGCUAGUCCUCAUCUUCUGGCGCCCAAAAACCCUACUUCUUCUUAUGAUGAUUCGUGGGAAGAGCAAGCUUUCGCAGAAGAUGCUGCAGGGCCACUCGGUGGCUGCAUAUGGCCGCCGAGAUCUUACUCUUGCAGCUUUUGUAGAAGAGAAUUUCGCUCGGCUCAAGCGCUCGGUGGCCACAUGAAUGUUCACAGGAGAGAUAGGGCUAGACUAAAGCAGUCUCCGGAUCUCCAUCACCACGAAAUGCUCCAUCCAAAUCAACAUAACAUCAACAACGAUAACAUACCUCUUCAUCUUCACCAUCACCAUCAUCAUCUUCAUCCAAAUCCCUUGAUCAGUACGACCACCACCACAUCAUUUGGCCCAGCUGGCCAAUUAUAUGGCCCAUCAUCUCAAGUUUGUGCCCUGGUUUAUGACCCUAACCCUAGUUCUGACCCUGCUGGUGGUUUUAUUCCAUCAUCACCUUCUUCUAACAACAAAAUACAGAAUUUUGGAAAACAAGCAGCCUUGUUAGUCCCUCCUUAUUUUUCAUCUUCUCUUGUAGUUGAAAAUACCAAGAGGUCCAAUUGUGCUAGUAGUGCUGUAAAUCCUUCCCACCAGUCCUGGUCAAACUUUGACAAAUAUUGCCAUGACUCCAAUAAUCAGAAAGAUGGUGUAGGAGAUCAUGAUGAUCACAAGAAUAUUUCAUCAAUAACUGUGGAGUCUGGAUCUUGUAGAAGAAGUACGACUAAGGUGGACUAUGUAAAGAGUACUGAUUUGUCAGUAAGUUUGAAUUUGGUGGUUUGUCAUGCUAUACAAACUGAGUCAGGUGAUGGUGAUAAAGAUCAAGAGGCUUUACUGAGUUGCAAGAGAAGAAGAACUGAGCCAUGUUCAGAUGACGAGUCAGACGCAUUUGAACUUAGCCCUUGUUCAAUAGAUCAAGACUUAGAUCUUGAGCUCAGGCUUGGUGACCGACCUAAGGUAAAGUAG